AUGCACUAUGGACCACCUAUACUGCGUUCCAUUAACAUCGUCCGCGAAUGCCUGACACUCUUGGAUACACCAUCUACAGCUCUCCUGCACUUUUUGGCUAUGAUCGUCUUUCACGUCAUGCUGGAUACUGAGGCCUACCAUGUCAGCGGUUUGGGUUCUGCUCGCAUUAACUGGCCUCCGUUUAGCUUCGCUCCGGCUCGUAAAUAA